UGUCAGCUAGACGAACCAAACACCCUCCUAACGUGAACGUGAAAACUGAAAUUGAUUGGAGCCUCUCCUCCGACACCAAGUUGCCUCUUAUCAUACACUCUGUGCUCACCUCACCUAAUUCCGGCCUUCUUCUAAAAAGCAAAAAAAAGUUUCUCUUUCAAAUCAGAUCUAAAAUCUCAUUCAUUUUGGUUUUCAUCUCUGAAAGCCAAAGCCACUCCUCAGUAAUGCCUCAAAUUCCAACUCCAAAGCCCUAAUUGAGUUCAAUAUUUGCCCAUCAAAAUCAAUCCAAUGGAGCAACUCAAGACCAUAGGGAGGGAGCUCGCCAUUGGCUCCCAAGGCGGCUUCGGCCAAUCCAAAGAAUUCCUCGAUCUCGUCAAAUCAAUCGGUGAGGCUCGAUCCAAGGCCGAGGAGGACCGAAUUGUUCUGAGCGAGAUUGAAACACUUAAACGACGCAUCGUUGAGCCUGACAUUCCCAAGCGGAAGAUGAAAGAGUUCAUCAUUCGCCUUGUCUACUUUGAGAUGCUCGGUCACGAUGCUUCCUUCGGCUACAUACACGCUGUCAAGAUGACCCACGAUGACAGCUUGCUUCUCAAGCGAACUGGGUAUCUUGCUGUCACACUGUUUCUUAACGAGGAUCACGAUUUGAUCAUCUUGAUAGUGAAUACUAUUCAGAAGGACUUGAAAUCGGAUAAUUAUUUGGUUGUUUGCGCCGCUUUGAAUGCGGUUUGUAAGUUGAUCAAUGAGGAGACUAUUCCUGCCGUGCUUCCGCAGGUGGUGGAGUUGUUGGGGCAUUCUAAGGAGACUGUUCGGAAGAAGGCGAUCAUGGCUCUUCAUCGCUUUUAUCAAAAGUCCCCGUCUUCCGUUUUUCAUCUCGUCUCAAAUUUUAGCAAGAGGCUUUGUGAUAAUGAUCCUGGAGUCAUGGGUGCAACGCUUUGUCCUCUUUUUGAUCUUAUAACUAUAGAUGUUAAUUCUUGUAAAGAUUUGGUGAUUAGCUUUGUAAACAUUCUCAAACAAAUAGCCGAGCAUAGAUUGCCAAAGAGUUAUGAUUAUCAUCAGAUGCCAGCUCCUUUUAUACAGAUCAAGUUGCUGAAAAUCUUGGCAUUGCUAGGAAGUGGUGAUAAGCAAGCAAGUGAGCAGAUGUACACUGUCGUGGGUGACAUAUUUAGGAAGUGUGAUUCAUCAAGUAACAUAGGAAAUGCUGUACUUUAUGAGUGCAUAUCCUGUGUUUCUUCAAUAUAUCCCAAUUUUAAGCUACUGGAAGCUGCUGCAGAUGUGAUAGCAAAAUUCCUGAAGAGUGAUAGUCAUAAUUUAAAAUAUAUGGGCAUUGAUGCCCUUGGUCGAUUGAUAAAAUUGAGUCCAGAGGUUGCUGAACAACACCAAUUGGCUGUGAUAGACUGCUUAGAGGACCCAGAUGAUACUCUAAAGCGAAAAACCUUUGAAUUGCUGUAUAAGAUGACAAAGUCUUCCAAUGUUGAAGUGAUUGCAGAUUGCAUGAUUGAUUACUUGAUCAAUAUUAAUGACAAUCAUUACAAAGCUGAAAUAGCAUCCCGAUGUGUAGAACUUGCGGAGCAAUUUGCACCUAGCAACCACUGGUUUAUUCAGACCAUGAAUAGAGUCUUUGAGCAUGCAGGAGAUCUAGUGAAAAAUAAGGUGGCUCAUAACUUGAUGCGCUUAAUUGCAGAGGGAUUUGGGGAAGAUGAUGAUACUGCAGAUAGUCAAUUGAGAUCAUCGGCUGUGGAGUCAUAUUUGCGUAUUAUUGGAGAGCCAAAGCUUCCAUCUAUAUUUCUUCAAGUCAUUUGUUGGGUAUUGGGGGAAUAUGGAACUACUGAUGGCAAGUUUUCUGCUUCAUAUGUUACUGGGAAGUUAUGUGAUGUGGCAGACGCAUAUUCAAAUGAUGAAACUGUCAAGUCGUAUGCAGUUACAGCACUCAUGAAACUAUAUGCAUUUGAAAUAGCUGCUAGAAGAAAAGUGGAUAUUUUACCGGAGUGUCAAUCUUUGAUUGAGGAAUUAUCAGCUUCCCACUCAACAGACUUGCAGCAGCGUGCUUAUGAACUUCAAGAAGUCAUUGGCUUAGAUGCUCAUGCUGUUGAAUGUAUUAUGCCUUUGGAUGCGAGUUGUGAAGACAUAGAGAUUGAUAAAAACCUAUCUUUCCUUAAUGAAUACGUGCAACAGUCGAUAGAGAAGGGGGCACAACCCUAUAUUCCAGAGAGUGAACGAUCUGGGAUGCUAGAUAUCAGCACAUUCCAGAACCAAAAUCAGCAUGAACUUUCAACACAUGGUCUUAGGUUUGAGGCUUAUGAGCUUCCAAAGCCCUCGGUGCCAUCUAGUACUCCUCCAUUAUCACUUUCAUCAACAACAGAACUUGUUCCAGUUCCUGAGCGAUCUUACGAAUCGGAGGUCCAACAAACAGCUACUGUGCCAUCUUCAUCUGAUGGUGGAUUAGGAUUCAAGCUACGACUUGAUGGAGUCCAAAAGAAGUGGGGUAGGGCAACGUACUCCUCUUCUGCAACCUCUACAAAUUCUGGCUCGCAAAGUACAUUGAAUGGGGUCACUCAUAUUGAUGUGGCUAGCAAUGUAAAUUCAAAAGCACGUGAAGCUUCUUAUGACUCGAGGAAGACACAAGUUGAAAUCUCUCCAGAAAAGCAGAAGCUCGCUGCAUCACUUUUUGGAGGUUCAUCAAACUCUGAGAAAAGGGUAACUUCAACAGGUCAUAAGGUUGCCAAGGGAAGCAGCCAUGUUUCAAAGUCAACAGUUGUACCUACCACUGAUGUUGCUGUAGAGAAGACACCUCCUGUUCAACCACCUCCAGACUUGCUUGACCUGGGUGAACCAACUGUUAAAAGUGGUCCUUCGUCAGUUGAUCCAUUUAUGCAAUUGGAAGGGCUGCUUGAACCAGCCCAACUUAGUUCAAAUGCUAAUCCUGGUCUUGUUGUUUCCACUAGCGCACCUGAUAUUAUGCAAUUAUAUGCAGACACACUUGCAAGUGGGCAGAGCGGUAGUGGUUUCAUGUAUCCUUUGUCAUCUAAUAGGAGUGAUGAUAAUCUUGUGUCUGGAUUGGCAAAUGCUGCUACCGACCCCGCUCACAGUUUAGCUACAGCUACACAGCCUGCACAGUUUAGUAAGGGUCCAAAUCCUAAAGAUUCAUUGGAAAAAGAUGCGCUUGUAAGGCAGAUGGGUGUGACCCCAUUAAGUCAAAAUCCCAACUUAUUCAAAGAUUUGCUAGGCUGAAAUCAGACGUGCUGGAGUUCGAAUCUGUAAUGUUUAGAGUGAUUGCUAAUAUGCUAUAUGAUUUCUACAUGGAGAAGUGUUCGGCUAUCCUAUACGCAGUCAUUCAAUGAUAGGGCUUAUACUAUUUAAAAAGCAGAACUGUAGAGUUCCACAAAAUGGAAUGAUGCAGCCUCCCUCCGGCCUCCGUGGUGCUAAAAUCAGGUACGGAUUGUAUUUGUUGCUGCACAUCUUGCAGUUGAUAUAUAUAUAUAUAUAUAUAUAUAUAUAUAUAAAGCAAAGAAAUUGUUUCUUAAUGCUGCCAUGUAACAUUAUAAAUUUUGAUAUUGUCACGUAGCAUUAUAAAGUAAGAAGAUUUUCCUUUAUUACUGCCGUAUGACAUUCUAAA